AUGGCAUCUCCCUCAUCUUCAGCAUUGACCGACCCCAGCCCACCUCGAGUGCUGAAUGCGACCCAGGCAAGAGAACAGCUGGCACAAACGGUCGAGAAAAGUUAUGGGGCCGAAGUGACGAUGGACGACAUGAGCCAACCCCACAAUCGAAGUGCUGGCAGCAGCAGAGGAAAUCCAUUUUCGCAAUAUCCAAUGCCGUUUUCACCCGACUCUUCUUCCGCCGCUCGGAAUAAUUCGAAUUUUCAACCGAUCUUAUCGUCGACCCCGAAUCGUACCAUGAACACGACCAAUCCCAUCUUGGAUUUCAGUAAUUUGCGACCUGGCACAGCCCCCGGGAAUUUGGAUUUAACGAUGCCUCGACGCCUCCCAAACGCCACUUUCGACCGCCCAGCAACCGCAGACCUAGCGCUUGAAAUAUCAAGAGGCGGGGGUGGAAAUAAUCCAAACGCGACAUACGACGCCAGGAAUCCAAAUGCGACAUACGACGCUAGGAAUCCAAACGCAACAUACGACGCCAGGAAUCCAAACGCGACAUACGAUGCUGGGAAUCCAAAUGCAGCUGGGGGAAGAAACAUGAACGAAACGUAUGCUGCCCCACAACACUCGCCCCCACCUCAAUUUAUGCACUUGAGAGGUUAUGGACCCCAGGAAGUUAAUCCAGUCUGGAUGCUGGACAAUUCAUCCGAUUAUAGAGCCGCUCAACCACCGACGGGGCAGAGUCUGAGUCGGGAUGACUAUGUGUACGGGACUGACUAUGAUUCAAAUGAUUGGGAUUCGAGUAUAGACCCCUUCACUUCAGCAACUUUUGACGGGAGUUAUCGGAAUUACUUAAGUUAUACUCCGCCAGUUUGGCCAGAACGCCAACAAAAAGUCCGCCCACCCGGGCCCCCACCACCGCCACAAGGUCCACCUCGCAGACCAAUGGGUCCACCCCCACCACCACCACCACAAGGACCAUCAGCCAGGCCAAUGGGUCCACCCCCACCACCACCACCACAAGGACCAUCAGCCAGGCCAAUGGGUCCACCCCCACCACCACCGCCACAAGGACCAUCAGCUAGACCAAUGGGUCCACCCCCACCACCACCACCACAAGGACCAUCAGCCAGGCCAAUGGGUCCACCCCCACCACCACCGCCACAAGGACCAUCAGCCAGGCCAAUGGGUCCACCCCCACCACCACCACCACAAGGACCAUCACCCAGACCAAUGGGUCCACCCCCACCACCACCACAACCUCAAAAUUUAACAUACGGCUCCAGUGCCCCCAGCAGCGGAUCAAAUCCAUUCUCCCAAUAUCCGGACUUAUCAUACGGCUCCAGUGCCCCCAGCAACGGAUCAAAUCCAUUCUCCCAAUAUCCGGACUUAUCAUACGGCUCCACUGCCCCCAGCAGCGGACCAUCUCCCAGACCAAUCGGUCCAACCCCGCCUCCACCACUACCACCUCAAAACUUAACAUAUGACCCCAGUGCUCCCAGCAGCGGAUCAAAUCCAUUCGCCCAAUAUCCGGACUUAUCAUACGGCUCGAGUGAUAACAGCUAUUUCGGAGGAAUACCACUCCAUCAAUAUCCAGACUUAUCAUCCGACUCUAGUGCUCCCAGUAGCAGCUUACCAUUCUCCCCAUUUCCAACCUUAUCAUUCGACUCUAGUGGUACCAGCAGCAUACCGAAUCCGUUCUCCGGCUCUAGUGCUGACCACAGCAGGGUAUAUCAAUCCUCCCAAAUUCCAGCCUUAUCCAACUCCAACUAUUCACCCACAAGAUUCCUUGAAAAUCCAAGCAACUGGACACUCAACCCCAACUAUUCACCCACAAGAUUCCUUGAAAAUUCAAGCAACUGGUCACCCAGACCAAGGGGUCCACCCACAAGAUUCCUUCAAAAUUCAAGCAACUUUUCACCCAGACCAAUGGGUCCACCCACACCGCCCCCACUACCACCACCACCGCCAGUAUUCGUCGGACCGGCAUCCCGGCCACUCCCCAUUACCCAGGCCCCCCAAAUUCUACCCCGUCGUGAUCCAUUUAUGGAAGAAAUUGCCAACUAUUUGCAACAACUCCUCCUCCAGUUCAGACAAACUAUGAUGCAAGAGCUUCCCAGCAUUGUGAAAACCGUUACAACGGACAAGCUAAAGUCAGCCCUUCCCAAAGAAAAGAUCCUUCUGGUCAUCCGAGCCACCGUUCCUGAAAUGACACGUAGACUUUUACGACCUAUGGUGCUUAAUUCGGUGGAUAACAUGUUGAAUGUCAUCCUCGGAGAUAGAACAAUCCCAGAAUUGUUCCCAAAAAUGGCGAAACAACGUAUCGGAUGCAUGAAGCCUUGCAGAUGCCCCAACAACCGUGGUCCGAACGGGCUGCCCCUUCCGAGAGCGAGUGCUUGUGGAUUGGACAAUCUUGGAAGUGGGAGAAAAUGUUCAGAGGAGGAAGACUGUUCAGAAUUUGACGAUAUGCUGAACUCCAUCAAUUUGGGGUCAAGCAAUGGACAAUGGUCUACAAUGCCGUCUCCCAUCCCAAAAGUCUCUCGAGGAACGACACCCAGCCGUCUCUCAUAA